GCCCCUCCCGCGGCCGAGAGCGGCGCGAGGGAGCUCGCGAGGAGGCGGCGGCGUAAGCGUCGUCGUGGCGGCGGCGCGCGCGAGGCCCCUCCCGCGAGCGGUCGCCCUUGGCUACGGGCAUGGCGUGGGCGCGGCCCGCUCCGGGGGUUCCGGAGGGGCUGCGGCCGCUGCCGCUACCGCCCCUCCUCCUCCUCGUGUGGGUCUCCGCCUUGUGCCUCUUCCCUCGGCCGGCGGAGGCCCUGGUGGAAGGUCUCUACUGCGGGAAGCUGGUCUGCUACGACGUGCUGGGCGUGAGCCGGGAUGCCAGCAAGGCUGAAGUGGCCCGGGCUUACCGGCAGCUGGCCCUCCGCUACCACCCGGACCGCCAGCGGGAACCCGACCCGGACGGCAAAGGAGCAGAGGCCGCCCAGGAGAAGUUCCUGCUCAUCGCCACCGCCUACGAGACCCUCAAGGAUGAAGAAACUCGUAAGGAUUAUGAUUAUAUGUUGGAUCAUCCUGAGGAGUAUUACAGCCAUUACUAUCACUAUUAUAGUAGAAGAUUGGCACCCAAGGUAGAUGUCAGAAUCGUGAUUCUAGUCACUGUCUGUGCCAUCUCUGUUUUUCAGUUCUUCAGCUGGUGGAGUAGCUACAAUGAAGCUAUCAAGUACCUAGCAACCAUGCCAAAAUAUCGUAUACAAGCCAUGGAGAUUGCCAGGCAACAAGGGCUACUAAACAGAGCCAAAGAAAAGGGCAAGAACAGGCGGUCCAAGGAAGAAAUCCGCAAGGAGGAGGAGGAAAUAAUCAAAGAUGUAAUAAAAAACAAAAUAGAUAUCAAGGGUGGUUAUCAGAAGCCCCAAAUAUAUGACAUACUCUUAUUCCAAAUCCUUUUAACACCUUUUUAUCUGUGCAAGUACAUAGGAUGGUAUUGUUGGUGGAUUUAUUGUUUCAACAUCAAAGGACAAGAAUAUGGGGAAGAAGAGAAGUUGUAUAUUAUACGCAAGUACAUGAAAAUGUCACAGUCUCAGUUUGAUACUUUGGAAGAUCACCAGAAAGAGACUUUUCUUGAACGACAGCUCUGGAUAAGAGAGAAUUAUGAGCUUUACAAACAAGAGCAAGAGGAAGAACUGAAGAAAAAAAUGGCAUCGGACCCUCGAUGGAAAAGAUACAGGCGGUGGAUGAGAAAUGAAGGACCUGGAAGACUGACUUUUAUUGAUGAUUGACACUUGCUGUAACUUAUACGGUCCAGUGAUGAUUGGCAAGAAAAAAAUCAUACCUAAAAAGUUCAGAGUUUAACUGCUGUGUGUCGGCAAUGUUCUGAAACUCAGGAAGUAAUCAGGCAGAAAACUAGUACAAUUUUAUGAUUUUUAUAAAAUAAAAGCAAAUCUGCUAAAAUAUAAAAUAAAAGCAAAUCUGUUUUGCUUCUUGGUUCACUCGAUGAUGAUUUAAAACAAGCCUGACAUGGAUCUCGUUAAUAGUCUUCUUGUAAGUGUGGUAAUAUAACAGGCACAUAGGUGGGCCUAUUUGGCAGGAGGACCCAAAUCAGCCAUCCAAGCCAUGCCCAUGUUUUGCCUUUCUUUUUUACACCCCCAAAGUUCAAAGUUGGAGGCUGUCACAAGGCUCCUAUCGUUCUUGUAUGAUAGGAAGUUGAAAGAUCGUAGCCUUCUGGCAGGUUCAUGUGGUUGCCAGUUUGAGGUGGCAAAGAUGAUUUUCCAGUGCUGAUGAAGGAAUAGAAAUACACUUUUCAGCAGGCCUCCCUGCUGCUGUAGUAGUCAAAAUCCCCUUAUAAAAAGCUCCAGAAAAGGUGUGUUACAGUGAACACAGGCUUGCUAAGUUUUAUAUCAAUCCAAGAACCACAAUGAUGGACACUCUGCACUCCACCAACGACAGCUGCAUGUCAUUGUUGGAGAUGGCUAAUGUAUGCCUGUGACACAGACUGUACAAACAAAUUGCGCAUGCACCACAUAAACAGCAUGCACACUCACAUAGCAUCAUGUACACAAUGCAGAUACAAACUAUCGGCAUUCCAUGUAUCCCCACUAGUGCUGGCGUGGCUGGCUGCAAAUAGCGCCUUUUCCUUUGGCUUCCCUUUUGAGAGGAUCUCUAAACAGCAGAGGGUUCUUUCACCUCCUGUUCUUAGUGCUAAGGACCACAGUGCUAAUAUCGGAGAUAAAGCUGCUUGUCUGCUCCUUUAAACGGCAGCGUUUCAGCCCACGCAUUUGCCAGUGGUGGCAUGGCAAGAAAUGCCUCUUUAAAAAGCAGGCAAGCAGCAUUACCUCUGAUCUUAGCACUGUGGCCCUGAGAGCACAGAAUGGGAGAUAAAAGAGCAGGCAGAGAAGUCUUGCACUGUGGUGCUUGGGGAUGAGAGCGGGAGAUUAAAGCACUCUUGCCUGCAGAGAUCACUUUAAAGAGAUUUAUCUCCUGAAGCAGCUUGCUGCAACUCCAGUGAUUGCAUUGUGUGUUUGCACCUGAGAAGUAUCCCUUAGCCUAAAUAGUUUGAGAAGGAAUUAGUUUAGUUUGGAUGGUCUUUUCCCAAAAUCUCCGCUGGAAAAAUGCUCCCUGCGAGCUGGUUUGCA